AAAUCGCUCCACGUAUGAGCUCAUCGCACGUGCAAGGUCAACCAGUUGCUAUGGCAAUGGCCCAGCGCCUUGCCUAUAUCUGUGAUGAAUAUAGCUCAGCUUAGUUUGUGCGCCGUCAUCCUUAUGUAGAGUGCGCUGGUCUUGAAUUGCUGGAGUUCAUUUGGAACAACCGGGAUCCGUUGCCAACCCGACAAGCUGUAGCUUUAUCUACGCACUGUUUUGCUGAGCCUUCUCUUCUGCAACAACAGAAAACCAUUUGGACCUUUGCUGAGUGGGACGGGGAGCAACUUUCCCCCUGCGUGGAAAUGCAUGUCUCCUAUCAGAUCCCACCGAUCACCCCCAAGGUCAGAGCAGUGCGUGCGACGAUGACCUAAGACUCGCCCGCGCGCUCUCCGAGAUCAGGGUCUCUUUGCGCGACUCUCUUUCCUCCGUCCGGCGACGCCUGGAGCACCUCGGAGAGGGGCAAGAGAGGCGGGUCCCAGCCUCCGAUCCGAUCCCUUCGCGCUCCUCCAAGGUCCGCACUCUCCUCCAGUUUGCGCGAGUGCGCAGGGGAGGGCGCGCAAGGCUAUCUUUGCCUGGGAUCGUCUCCACCGGCUUGGAGGCUGCAGCAGCGAAGAAGACGCGUCUUCACUUUGGCCCCACAGAGUGAAAAAAUGAUAUCCAAGUCUCAAAUGAGAUUGCCCCCACCUUCCAGGACAAGGCAAGAUGUUGCACAACAGCCAAACCAGGGGCCGGUGGUGACCUUUGAAGAUGUGGCUGUCUAUUUCACGGAGAGCCAGGGGGCUCUGCUGGAUCCCGACCAAAGGGCCUUGUACAGGAAUGUCAUGUUGGAGAAUUAUGGGAACGUGGCCUCGUUGGGAUCUCCAUUCGCCAAACCUGAACUUAUUUGCCAGCUGGAAAAAGGGGGAGAGCUCUGGGUGCCAGAUUCUCAGGACUUGGAUGAAACAGAGAGUUCCAGCUCCAACUCAGCAGGUCUGUGCAAUCAAAAGAAUUUAUAUUUCACGUGGGGGUUGCAGUUAACGCAGAUACCAGCCCUUGCCAAUCGCCAGCAAAUGAUGGAAGGAGAGAAACUGAACAAAUGCAUGGACUGUGGGAAAUGCUUCGCUCGGAAAUCAAAGCUCGUGGAGCACCAGAGAGUCCACACAGGAGAAAAACCGUACGAAUGCUCCGAGUGUGGGAAACGUUUCGCUUGGAAAUGGCCGCUUGUGAUACACCAGAGAGUCCACACGGGAGAGAAACCUCACCAAUGCUUGGAGUGUGGGAUGCGCUUUGCUGAAAAGCCAAAACUCAACAGGCACCAGAGUGUCCACACUGGAGAGAAGCCGUAUAAGUGCUCCGAAUGUGGCAAAACGUUUGCUCAGAAAUCGUACCUCAUGAUGCACCAGCGAAUCCACACGGGAGAGAAGCCAUUUCAGUGCUUGGAUUGCGGCAAAGGUUUUGCCCACAAAUCGAAGCUUGUGAGUCACCGGAGGGUUCACACCGGCGAGAAAUCGCACAAGUGCUUGGAAUGCGGCAGAUGUUUCGCUCACAAAUCGUACCUCGUGAUGCACCGCCGAACCCACACGGGAGAGAAACCGUUCGAAUGCGUGGACUGCGAGAAGUCCUUUGCCCAGAAAUCACACCUCACAAUCCACCGCCGAACCCACACGGGAGAGAAACCUUUCAAAUGCCUGGCGUGUGGGAAAUGCUUUGCCGAUUCCUCUGCCUUUACGGGACACCAGAGGGUCCACACCGGCGAGAAGACCUACAAAUGUGCGCAGUGUGGGAAGUGUUUUGCUUGGAAAUCAAACCUCACUCUGCACCAGAGAAGCCACGCGACCGAGGAAGCGUGCAAAUGCUCCGAGUGCGGGAAAUGUUUUGCUCGGAAAUCGCACCUCCGCAGCCACGAGAGAGUCCACAGAGGGGAGAAACUGUAUAAAUGUUUGGAGUGUGGGAAAUGCUUCUCCUGGAAGUUGCAUCUCGCGAACCACCAGAGAGUCCACGGGGGAAAGAAACCACAUAAGUGUUUGGAGUGUGGGAAGUGCUUUGGUCAGAAAUCGCACCUCACAAUCCACAAAAGCAUUCACACGGGAGAGAAGCCCUUUAAAUGUUUGGAGUGUGGGAAAUGUUUUAAUCUCAAGUCCCGUCUUGUGGAACAUCAAAGAAUCCACACGGGAGAGAAACCCUACACAUGCAAAGAGUGCGGGAAGGCUUUUGCUAACAAAUCAAAUCUCCAGACACACCUGAGAGUCCAUACAGGGGAAAAGCCAUUCAAAUGCCUGGAGUGUGGGAAGUGUUUCACUGUGAAAUCUAGUCUCGUGAAGCACCACAAGGCCCACACAGGAGAGAAACCUUAUAAAUGCGUGGAGUGUGGGAAAUGUUUUGCUUGCAAAUCACAAUACGUAAUGCACCAGAGGAUCCACACGGGAGAGAAACCCUUUAAAUGCACAGAGUGCGGGAAAUGUUUUGCUCGGACGUCGUACCUCAAAAACCACCAGAGACUUCACACUGGGAAGAAGCCGUAUAAGUGCUUAAAGUGUAGGGAAUGUUUUUCUUUGAAAUCAGCCCUUCUCAGACACCAGGCAGCUCACGCAGAUGACGGACCUCAUGAAUAUUCAUCCCAGUAGAGAUUCUUCACACCUGAGAACACCAGCAUCUUAUCCGAGAGAAAUGCUCUUCUGCAAAGUCCAUGGGAGCACUGAGUCUUGGGAGAAGAUAGAGAAGCCACUCGAGAAAGAAUAUUGUCUGAGGAAACAGGCUGUGCCAAAAAGAUGGUUGAGAAUUAACAAAUUUCUGCAAAGGGGAGGCAUUAUGAGUGUUUGACGCAUGUCUGAAAGUACAUUUAACGUGGGAGUAUGUGUGUGUGUGUUUAUAGACUGAUGCUUUUAUUGCUAUCUACCGGCACUUCAGACAAGAUUUUCCGGAUCUGGGUAGGAUGCCGUUAGUCACUAAAAGCAUAUCUUUAUUAAAGUGACAAAAAAGAAGGAGUUCUAAAUUAUUAUAGCAAAUUGUCUGCUGUUAGGACUUGCCGAUCAGAAGGUUGGCAGUUCAAAUCCCCACAACGGGGUGAGCUCCCGUUGCUUGGUCCCUGCUCCUGCCAACC